AUGGCAUCAGAGAAGGCAACCACAAUGCGGACCGCCGCCGAAGCCCUCGUGAUGUCUUUUAACGGCGACUGGUCGGAGAAGACGCUCGAAGCAGCAAUGGCGGCCAGAGCACCAGAAUGCAUGCACGCUAUGCUACCGAAAUCAUUGAACCUACCACCUAAAUCCAACGAUGACUGGACGGCCCACUUCAAGCAUAUGGUGGGUAAGAUUGGGGACGCAACGAUGACCAUCCACGACGUCGUCGUUGCUCCAGAGGAGAAACGAGUCGUGAUCUACUCCAUCAUGGAUGCGAUAUCCGUCGUAGGACCCUUUCACAACGAGUACACCUGGUUCUUCACCUUCGAUGAUCAUGGCACGAAGAUUGUACGCAUUGACGAGAUGUUGGAUAGUGCGGCGACGAAGGACAUGAUGGCGAGGUUGGCGAAGGCGAGGGAGCAGGAAGGGAAGGCGUGA